AUGAAACUACUAGACAUUGCACUGUUAUUGGCACUAACUCUAGGCUCCGCCUACUCUCAACAACAACGACCCAACACAAAUUCUGGAGAUCAUGAAAGCUCAAAGAAACAAGACCACGCCUCCGUUGGUAAUCAAUACUUUCACUCUCAAUAUCUAAGUGGACCUUAUAACGGUCUCCCAUAUGGAUACAACCUGAGCGAUCUGUCAUUUGCCAACGGAAUCUCUGUCCCUCAGAAUCAGGGCGUCGAUUCCAUCAUCCAGAAACUGUCUGCGGCCGCCCGUGUUGUCUCUGCCCUAUCACUCCAGAAUGGUCUAUCGGAUGAAUCGAUUCCAGUAGAUGACGUCAUUGCUGAACUUCUUAACAUCGGAUCUGCUGAUUUGAAGGGAUUGGAGACGUUUGACAAGAAAAAGGUCGAUGAAUUCGUGGAUACGAUUAAUGGUGUAGCUUUGGACAAGGAUGCAAACUUGUUGGAGGAAGGACUGAAAUAUUUUUAUCGGAUUAGGACGAUUUGGAAGGACAUCGGUGGAUCGAACGGACUGAACAAACUGCCGGAUGGUGCCACGUAUAAGGAAUUGGAUGAUGUGAAAAAGAUAGAUAUCACACCGUUGACCUCACUGUCUCUGGACCCGUCCAUCACACAACUUUCCAAGUUUUCUACGCUUAGUGACAACGAUAUCGGAUCUUUGAAGUCAGCACUAUUAAAAACAUUAUCGGCAAUAACUAAAAUGGGAACAUCUAUCGAUUAUUCUAAAAUCAUUGGAAUUUUGGAUCGUUUAAAACCACUUCGAUCUCUCACUGAAAUGGUCGGCUUCUACAAUGGAAAACACGAGUUCAGAAAAGCUUUUUUGAUGAAAGCAGAAGUUGACAAAACAGUGUCUAAUCUCGCCAAACUGAAACCUCUGACGUCCACAUCUGAAUCUGAUUCAUAUGUCAAUUCAAUGAACUCAAUCAUCACUUCCCGAUUGUAUCAUAACUCUCUGGUCCGACGUUAUACAGCUGGUUUCAUGAAUGGAUUCAAGGAUUUGGAAAUGCUGAGUAAGGAUAUCAAAGAUCAAUGGCUGCUGACCCAAAUCAACCCUUCUAUUGAUAUCAAAGGAGUGGAAUCUCUCGUUCAGUUGAAAAGUCCAAUGGCGGAUUUAGACAAGAAAUGGUCUGAGGUAUCUACGGAAAAUGUAUAUUCCUCUGUCAAACGACUCGCGUAUGCCCGUAGUCUUCUGAAUGCUCAAACAACGAAUGUGAUGACCAAGGAUAACUUGGAAACCAUGUUGGAAUCAAUUCAGAAUUGUAAAAAAGCUAAUAAAGAAGAUGGUGUGACUGAUAAACUGAAACUGAUUUCCACGAACGCUGAAGUUCUCAACAGAAAGCUGUCUACACUCAAUUCGAUCUGCUCGUCCGCAAAGAAGAACCAGAUGGAACAGUCGAUCAACAGUUUAUCGAAGAAAACAUCACCUGACAAUGUUCGUUCCCUUCUCCAAUUCUUCCAAGGACUAAAAUCUCAAAUCAACAUCGUAACAAGUGGACCUGCUUUCAAAGAUAUUAAUAUGAUGUCUUCCGAUACCUCGUUCGUAACUGAUUUCCUGUCAAAUGGUUACACGAAACCCUAUGUUGAGUCGUUCGAUGCUUUGCAAAAAUUAGGUGUUGAGUUUGAGGAAGUGGCUCAAGCAGCGAUGGCUUCUAUCGAGAUUCGUGAAAUCAAAAACGAUGCGAACUUAUUGAAGAAUGUCAAAUCGGUGACAACAUCUCUAUCGGAGUCAUCAGGUCAUCUGGCUGCUCUUCGAAAACUGGUGGCUUCGUUGAAAGGAGAUGAAAAGGGUGGAAAGAAUGAACAAUUGAAAGACUUGCCCAAGUUAUCGAAGUCGUUCGGAGAAGCUGUAAACGCUCUGGUUUUGGCAAAGAAAACUUCCGAGCAGGAUGCUGAACUCAAAUUGUUUGCAAAAAAUGGAAUCGCUAUUGAAUCUGGAGCCGAAACUGCAAACAAUCCUCCAUUUUUUGAAAAGUUCAAAAAACAAUGGGGAGACUUUCAUGAGACAACAAGUGAAAUUAUAUCGACGCAGAUUCGGAGUGGUGAAUGGAUAAGUAAAAUGAAAGUUGCCGAAAGUCCAAAGCUAUUGGAUUUCGCCACAAUCUUCACUGGCCUGGAAACAAUUAAUGACGUGGAUUUGAAGUCGGACUCUCGAUUGUCCGCUAUUGCUCUAUUUGGGACGAUCCCACCAGUUCCAGAGUUGAAAGAUGUUCUUCCCGAAUUCAAGAAGUCCCUCCUGACACUUUCAAAACUCGAUCUGAAAUUCAGUCGAUUCCACUCGUCAGUCAAUCAGAUGCCGGAUACUCUGAAGCAAUUGUCCGUGGUAUUGGGAUCAAGUCCAUCGGGAGCAAAUACAGUACCUCCAGUUAUGGUUGCAAAAGACGAAUCAGAUUCAGAUAUGAAUAUGGUUAUGAUCGUUGGUGGCGGAGUGUUUGGUUUCUUCAUCAUCUGUGUAAUUGUUCUCUACGUAGUCUUGUUCUGCAAAAGAAACGAUAAAAAGUGGAAGAUUUGGUGGGAUAGGAUGACAUGUGGAUGCUUCAAGAAGAAGAAGAAUAAUAAUAAAACGGUCACUGCGAAAGCAAAAGAACUACCUGAUCUCCAUCCUCUACGAGAUGAACAAAAGAAAGUAGACGAUAAGAAGAAACGGAAAGAAUCAAAACUGACCCCACUCGACGAGGUAUCUGCACGAGAAAUCGAUAAUAAGGAAGUACCUGACAAAGUUACUAAAGGCGCUGACAAAACUAAUGGAGCAGCAAAGAAAUCUGGAUCCAAAGGUGUUAAAAAGGUUACUGAGAAGACAGCGAAAGCACCAACUAAAAAAUCAGUGAGACCUGUAGCACCGUCCGUUGAUAAUGAUGUCAUGCCUCCACCGGUGGGACCAGCCGAAAGCGAACGCGAACCCAGUUAUGCCUUCCAAGUACCACUACCUUAUGACCAACCGGAACAUGACUAUAGACCACAACAUGAAGGCUGUAUCGAUGGACCAGACGACACAAAGGAUGAUGCCCCGUCGGAAAUCUUCGAUAAAUCAAAACGUGCCCCUGGCGGACUUGACCCUCGUAGCUGGCUUCCUGCCUUCUACCGUUGGUUGAGAUCCCGGUUCUCUCGUACGGAGUCAAGCAGUUCUUCGACAACCAAUGAAACGGAGAGUUCUUCUACCAGCGAUGCAGCGGAGAGUUCUACUAAACCCAACGAAACGGAGAGUGGUUGGAGUCCCUUAGUGCCUGAUGAUGCGAUAACAAGUGAAUCCUCGAUAAGCGUUUACUCUACUCGUAGUAAUGAUGAUGAUGAUGAGCCAAGAAAUUUUAUUAAUGUUGAUAAUAAUGAUCAAAUUUUGGUGAUCAAUUGA